GCAUUAAUUAGAGGACCUCGGUUGAAUCGUGCCUUGGAGAAUCUAGUGGGCGUCACAGAGAGCGAUACGGAAAUAUCCCCUAAGAGUUAUCUGACUAAGUACAGUUGUGUUUGUACAAGAGUGAAAUCUUAUUCUUGUAGUAUAUAUAACAAUAGUUUUCCACAAAGAAUUCAUCUGACUAUACACCUUCCUGUUCACACUGGUGAGGAACCUUUUUCCUGUCAUAUAUGUUAUAAGACUUUUCCCCAUAGAAGUAAUCUGACUACGCACGGUUAUGUUCAUACUGCUGAGAAACCUUACUCUUGUAGUUAUAAUCAUUUAACAGAACAGGGUCUUGCUCAUAUUGGUGAGAAGCCUUAUUCUUGUAGUAAAUGCAACAAGAGUUUUUCGCAAAACAGUUAUCUAAUUGAACACAGGUGUAUUCACACUGGUGAUAAACCUCAUUCUUGUAGAAUAUGCAACAAGAGUUUUUCCUUUAAAAGUCAACUGACUGAACACAGUCGUGUUCACACUGGUGAGAAACCUUAUUCUUGCAAUUUGUGCAACAAGAGUUUUUCGCAAAAAAGUCAUCUGACUGAACACAGUCGUGUUCACACUG